AUGUCCUUCUUAAAUGCAUCCCACAGAAACCUUGAUGGGUGUCAUCUUUCUGUACAUCCAGAGCAGGGAUGUUUACAUUUUCCACCAGUUGUUGCGGAAGAUGACCCGGAGCCCAAGGACAGAGGAUCCUUGGCACAACCGCCCAUUACUGGAGUGGAAUCUCAGGUGUUCUCAGAAAAACCCACCACCGGCACCUCUGCAUUUGAAGCUUCUUCUGAAGUUGAGGGUGCUUUAGAGCAGCAGCAGAGAAAUCCCGAAGUGGAGGGACUGAGGUGGUGCCCUGCCCAGGGGAAAAGUUUCGGGUGGUUGGUUGUCACCCAAGGAAAACUCCAACAUGAAUGUCGUGAAUGUGGUAAAGCCUUAUAUAGCUCACACCUUAUAAUCCACCAGAGAAUUCAUUCUGGAGAGAAGCCCUUUAGGUGUAGUGGCUGUGGGAAAACUUUCAAUCAGAGCUGAAACCUCAUUCAGCGUCAGAGAAGUCAUACAGGAAAGAAACCCUAUGAAUGUAGUGCAUGUGGAAAGUCCUUCAGGUGGCGUGCCGGUGUUGUUCAGCAUCGGAGGAUUCAUUCAGGAGAGAAGCCUGAGUGCAAUGAGUGUGGGAAGGCCUCUGGUCAAAGCUCGUAUCUGAGUCAGCAUCUGAGAAUCCACAGGGGAGGGAAACCGUUCGUCUGCAAAGAAUGUGGGAAAGCCUCCAGGUGGAGUUCAGAGCUUAUUAGACGUCAGAGAGUUCAUGCCAGAAAAGAGCCUUCCCAGUGUUCUGAAGGUAGAAAGUCCCCAGACAGAACCGUCCUUUUGUCUAGUCAAUUUUAGGGCUAGGUUCCGUAAAGGUUAUAAGCACUUUAAGGGUUUUCCUGUGUCCUUCUUGAUUUAGGACAAACUGUUUACCUGCCCCACCUGCAGAUCACCACCUCCUGUCCUCUGAGUAAGAGACUGUGUCAGUUAGGAUGCCUUCUGCUGCCAGUGACAGCCAGAACGCCUCCUCCGUCAGGGCUCUGGGCCUGGCACAGAGCGGCUGCUCAGCCAGUGGAGGUUUUUCUGUCAGUAUUACUGUGAAUGGGUCUUUGGUCCUGGCCCUUUCUCAGACCGACACUGGUCUUCCCCUCUGGACAGGGGCACAUCUGCAAGUGUCCAGGCAUGAAACAAACCACACUAGUCAUUUGAACAGGGAAAGUUUAAUAUAAAGAAGUAUUGACCAGUAAAAGGAGAUUAUCUGCUAAUGGUUAAGGAGAGAUCUUAAAGGAUAUAGGAAUAGCUUCGUGGGGAGCAGCUCCUACCUCUAGGGCUGAGGGAGAGCCAAGGAAGAAGCACACUGAGAAGGGGGCCCCCAGCCAAGACUGAAAUUCAGACCUUCCUGGACAGGGUGUGGGUCCAGUGGCGUGCUGGAGCUGGUCUGUACAGGCUUGCAAGAGCCAAUUUUGCACCUCUCUUCCCAACCCUACAAUGAAAUUGGUCACGUUGGAGUAUUCACACCAUGGAAGUCAGUCAACGCUACAAGUCAGGGCUAUUGUUCUUUUUGAAUUAGUUAAAUAGUUACCAAUACAAGACUGGCUACAGCCCACGGAUGGUGAAGUUCACCGAGGGGCCACAGUAGGAACCACUGGUGGAGGUGCCAGCGAACUCAGCAGAGGUUGGGUGCUGCACUGGAGGAAUAAAAGGAAAAACUGCCGGAACCAGGAGAAGCCCCUUCCUGUUUGCCUUGUCCCUCCAGUGCGCUUUACUGGCAAAGCCUAACAUUGUGUCUGCUGGCAAAGGGAAGAUGUCUCCAGGUCCAGUUCCCGUAUCAUGAACUAGGGCAGAGAAUGGCAGGUUUGGAGUUAGGAGACAAUAAGUUGCUAACUGGCUUGUGUCACAAGUGCAUUGCCACGUCAGGACCUCUGUCCUCAUUCACCUCCCUGCCUCCAUGCUUUUCCCCCAGAGAGUUACGUACAUCACCCCUUACUUUAUCUAGACCUCUACUUCAUUGUCACCUCUUCCAAGAAGCCUUCCCUGACUCUUAAGAUACAAGUUUUAUUUCUCUGUCACAGCAAUGCCCAGAGGUAAGUCGGUGGUCAGCACACUACAGCCCACAGGCCAAAUGCAAAUCCAGCUCAUGGCCCUUUUUUUUUAAAGGUUUUA